UCCAUAUAGUUUGUGCAUUACAAUAUCCUCAUCCAUUUUGAAACUCAUCGAUCAAUCAAGUUUCUAGAUCUCCAUUUUGAUUCCAUUUAGGUGAAAAAUGGAAUUCUUCCAAAGGGCUAAAGUGGUGCGUUUAAGAAGCCACCAUGAUAAAUACUUGUUGGCAGAUGAUGAUCAAGAAGGUGUUCACCAAGAUCGUCUUGGUAGCUGCCGAAAUGCGAAAUGGACGGUGGAGAUCGUAGAACAUGCAAACUUGAUUAGAUUGAAGAGUAUAUAUGGAAAAUAUUUAACAGCUUCCAAUAUGCCAUUUUUGUUAGGAGCAAAGGGGAAGAAAGUGAUACAAACUCUUCCCUCAAGGUUGAAUUCAUCUUUGGAAUGGGAACCUAUAAGAGAAGGUGACCACAUUAGGCUUAGGACUCGUUAUGGUCAAUAUUUACGCGCAAAUGGAGGGUUACCGCCUUGGAGAAACUCGAUCACACAUGACAUUCCACACCGCUCAAAAACAAUAAAUUGGGUUCUAUGGGAGGUUGAUCUUGUCGAGAUUCGGCCACCACCUCCUAAACAAAUAGAAGAUUCCACACCUAGUGUUGUUGAAGACGUUAUCCGUCCUAUUGACCCUUCAACCGAACGCUCCCGUUCUCCUUCUCCUUCUCCUCCACAUUCUCCUAAUGAGGAGUCAGAUAACGACAAUCCAUUCGCUUUAAUUGAUUUUAGAUCUUCCGUAUCAAUCGAGGGUUCUGAUUUAGAAGAUAAUGGAUCACCGAUGAAAGAAGGGAGGAUUAUAUUUUAUAACGUGGGUGAUGAAAACGGGGAUGUCCCCGAAGGAAGUGAAGAAAAGUUCUUUACAUUCAAAGGGAGUAGUGUAAUUGAGUUAAAGGAGAAGUUGCGAGAAGAGGUAGAGCGUGAUGAUAUUCUUGUAUGUUCUCGCAACCCGUUGAAUGCAAAAGUAUAUCCACUUCGGUUGCAAUUACCACCCAACAAUGUUGAUUUGCACGUAAUUGUGGUUCCUUCUUCAUUCGUGAGUAAUUAGCAUUUUCGAGUUUUGGUUAGUCCUUCGAAAUUACAACUUCCAUUUUAGUUUACAAUCAACUAAGAUCAAGUUUUAUUUGCUUAAAAAAAUAGCAAAUUUUAUAAUAGCCGAUGUAAAAAGUAUUCUUAGACAUUUUGAAAGACUUUAUACAUCAGUUAAUUCUAUAAUCUAUGUAAGAACAUUUGUCACGUCGGUUCUUCCUUCGAUGUAAAAAGUGUCCAUAUACUACAUCGGUUUUAGAAUGGAUGUGAAAAGAAGACGAUGGGAAUCACAAGCACAUUGGUGGUGGAAAACUGGGAAUUCAUGAUGCAAAAAUAUUUAGGAGAGGAAUUUUUGAAAGAAAAACAAAAAUAGUGAAAAGGGAAAACUAUAUGAAAAAGGAUAAAAAAAGAAAACAAGUGCAACAAUGUAAAAAGCACAUAAAGUCAAAUUCCUCAUUGUAUAUAAACAACUUUGUAAUGUCUUAGAAGAAAGUGAUAUAAUGGAUUUUGUUUAAGUAAAUUA